CCCAACAUACCUGCGAUGGAAAUGGCAUGGAGAGUUAGAAAAUCCUUGCAGCUCUAGCUAUACUCAUAAUGAACAAGUCGAGGAUGAUAUUCAUGACAUCCACAAUCUUGAGGUUGAAAUGGAAGAUGAGUUAGGGGCCACUCAAGAUGAGUUAGGGGCCACUUCAUAGAGCAAGAGCAUUGGGAGGAGUUUCAGAUCCAAAUGGGGACUCCGGAAGCUAAGGCUUUGAGCAAGAAGAACAAGGAUAUACAGAAGAAGAAUCCUUAUCCGCACUAUAUAGGCCGGGGUGGAUAUGACAUGCUUCAGCGUGAGUUGGUCGCUGCUUCUCAGGCCACCACUUCUGCCGAUAUCUGGUUCAUCUACCGAGACGGGUUCUUAGCUCGGAUGGGAGGACUCUUGGUCCAGCUAAAGAAAGAGGUCGCAGCCGGUACCUUUGUGCCAGAUGGGCACAAUGAUGUACUGACUAGAGCUUUAGGGACUGCCAAGGACCCGGGGCGGACGAGGGGUGUUGGGUCAUAUUCGGGCUUACUUAAAUUUUUCAAAGGCAACAUGAAGCCUCGUAAGCCCGAAGGUAACUAUAUGACUGAGGAGGAUCUUUUGCAGCGUCUUCCUUCCCUUCUACAGCACUAUGGAGUAUGUGUGUCCGGGGGUGCACUAGACUUUGCAUCCAUGUCGGAGCACACACCUUCUGUAGCACCUCAUUAUGGGCAGCGUAGUAGCAAGGAGUCUACAGAUUUUGUUGACUUCGCCGAUCUCACUGAUGUUGCUGCUUGUUACUUGAGGAUCUCUGAUCCAGCCGAUUAUAUAGUGACACGGUGUUCCCCUCCUUCCUCACCAGAGACUGUCGCCGAUUGCGAGGGGAGCUUCGUUGCAUGGCCAAAGUCGUUGGUGGGCCUUGGAGAUUCCCCGGUGCACACAGCUCGACAUGGCAACUUCUCAUCAAGAAAAUCUCGUCCUAUUCUCGGCAUACGCCCCAUUGCUCCUAGCUCUCCCGUACAGGAUGUUGUUGACCGGAGCUCAUACGUCUCAUUCGUGCCGAGGUAUUUCAGUCUACUUUGCCUUAUACUAGAGCCGAAUUAGAAGAGGGAAGCUUGUCCAACUUGGACUGUGUUGCGUGAAGAUGUUAAGGCCAGAUGGUGGGAUAUUUUUAAGGAAAAUAAAGGAUAAUAAUGCUCAAUGUGAAGA